AUGCCUCCACCACCUCCACCAAGCAAUAAUAGCAUUAUUAGUACUUCUCAAGGAUUUACUCCACCACCACCUCCUGGAAUAAACAGUUCUUUCAAAGUAGGAGGAGGCACUCCACCACCUCCUGGAUCAUUCUCUCCAAUGAUUCAAGAUCCAGUUUCCAUUCCAGUGAUUGGAGGAAAGGUCAAUAAGGUUCAAGCAAAAAAGUCAACGAAACAGUACAUUAAUGUGAGAGAAAUUAUUGGACCAAAAGAUGUUUUCCAAGCAUUGAGAAUUGCUCCAUCAGUUUUUAAGGAAUUAUUUGGAGUUUCUUAUCCAAAUAAUUCAGAAUAUUUGGAAGGUCAACAAAUUGCUCAAGUUGUCUUUGAAGAUUUCGAAUUAAAUUUGAUUUGGGCGAGGGAUAUGAGUCAAACUGAUGAUUCGUAUGCAGUUCCAUAUGCCAUGACUGAUAGUACUCAUGCCUUGUGGGAAUUGUUGGGAAAUAAUGGUUUCGAAUUGAGAGAUUCGAGAAAUUAUCUCACCUAUCAAACUAAUAGAGUGAGCAGAUUUAAUGGAAGAAUGUUAUGCGAAAGAGUAUUCAACUCAAAACAAAAUCAAUAUAAAUUAUUAUAA